GCUUACGCUUCCGUGACGUAGAUCGCUGUAUUGAAUUGAAAAAAAUAUUUGUAAACUGCGGAAUCGCUUGCUGCUGACCACCAGCCAGCCAGCAAAUGAAUGAAAAAUAGCGAAGAAUGAACGUCUUAGUCACGUGCUUGUUUUUCGCCUGUCUGUCCUACCUGUACAGCACCGACCUAAUAUCCGUGCUCCGUGUUUAUGUUGCAGAGUGGGUCCUCGGCGCCUCCAUGCCCGAACCAGGAGCUCCGCGGCGGACUCCGCAAGGUGUCCCCUACGCCGACUUGCAGCACAUCGUCAACGCCGACGGACAGCACUUGUUCUGCCGCUACUGGGAGCCGGAGGGCCCCCCAAGGGCUCUGGUGUUCGUGGCCCAUGGGGCAGGGGAGCAUUGUGGGCCGUAUGAUGAGAUCGGCCAGACCCUGAAGGAACAGUCUCUGCUUGUCUUUGCACACGACCAUGUUGGCCAUGGCCAGAGUGAAGGAGACAGGAUGAAUAUUAAGGACUUCCAGGUGUUUGUCAGAGACUCCCUCCAGCACAUUGACCUGAUGAAGGGACGACACCCUGACCUGCCAAUCUUCAUCAUUGGACAUUCUAUGGGUGGAGCCAUUUCCAUUCUGACGGCGUGUGAACGACCAAAUGACUUUGCCGGUGUGGCUCUGAUUGCUCCUAUGGUCAAGAUGAACCCAGAAUCUGCCACACCCUUCAAGGUGUUCCUGGCUAAAGUCCUAAAUCACAUGGUGCCUAGUCUCUCUCUGGGCUCUAUUGAGUCUAAAUGGGUUUCACGGGACCAAAAACAGGUUGAGGCGUAUGACAAUGACGAGUUGAACUAUCACGGUGGGAUGCGUGUGUCAUUUGGCAUGCAGCUGAUGGGCGCGGCGGCGCGGAUCGAGAGAGAGGUCCCUGCCAUCACCUGGCCCUUCCUGCUUCUCCAUGGUGACGACGACAAGCUGUGUGACAUUAGAGGGUCCCAGAUGAUGUUUGACAUGGCCCAGAGCACGGACAAGAAGAUUAAGGUCUAUGACGGAGCAUACCACGCCCUGCACCAUGAACUCCCAGAGACAGCGGCAUCGGUGCUGAAGGAAGUCACUGGCUGGAUCUCUGAACGUCUCACUGUGUCUCCUUCUCAGGGCUCCUAGUCCCCUCCUCCUCCUCUACACCCCCCAACCCACUGUAUGACCUAAAUACAUUUGUACUGACAGCACAUACUCUACUGCUAGCUGACCAGUAGCGAUCAUUUUCAGUACAAAUGUAGUUAACUGCACCUUAAACCAACCCCAGCCCUGUGCUAGUCAGUCAGACUUAAAAGCUCUUGGUCCUCUGGGGGGGGAAGAGGGGGGUGACAGGUCAGGAGGCCCACAGGAGGUUCCCUUAAGGUCAACUUGUCAUUGACUUUUGACCCCCAUGGCCAAUGUAGGUCCUGAUUUUCUAGGCUCUUCAUUAGGGACAACAGUUGUGCCCCUGCUGCCAGGCAGCAGUUCAUAGUACAUAUAUCAGCCAUGUCUCCCUGUACUGAGUUCAAAGAGAACAAUGCUGAGAGCUAGGCCAGGCGCAAUUCACAGAGGUCUUUUUUUCCUCCUUUGUAACCACAGUGUUCAAUAGGCCAACAGAAACAUGUUGAAUUCACCCAGGCUGAGGUGUUCCCUUUUGUGUGUUGCCAUGGAGACAACUGGCCUUUGUUAUCCCCACCGUAUCUCAGAUCCUUUGUUUAUAGAGUCAAACAUUUUGGACUUGUUUGAACACCCAACUCCCCAGAUUGCUGCCACCAGUGGUCAUCUAUCAGAACGGCAGGGUAUAGGUGGCUGCAACCCAAGAUGGAGAAGUUGCCCGUUACUAUGGCAACACCUCAGGAAAAACCCUAUGAAAAAAAGGCUGAAUCCAUUAGAGCGCCACAGUAAGGUGAGGCAUGCUGUGAAUCAUUAUACAGUACAUGCUGUGUACAGACAAAGGCGUCACUUCGCUGCAGUUCCUAUAUUGAAAAGAUGACGGCCUCAAUUCAUCACCUACAACCUCACCAUUUAUCUGUGUUUCUCCAUAGUCUGCAUUGCUUAGGACUAAUACAGAUUUUAAUGUAUAAUGUGAAAUAUCCAUGUUACCGAUAUUCCUCUUUUAAAUGGUGGAAGUUGUUUUGUAAGGGGAAGACUGGUGAAUCUAAUUGUCUGAUGCGUUAAGCAUUUAAUAAAGUGAAAUUCAAUUGGCUA